GGAGAAUGACCAGCAAUGUCCAAGUUGAACAUUCCACCCUUUGUGCCUGCCCGGACUGUGCUGGAAGGCCUCGAGUCAGAGGAUGCGUGUGAAGACAAGAAAGCUGUAAAAAAGGAGAUCCAUAGCAAAAAGGGAGCCAAAAAGGACAAAAUGGAAGAGGAGAAUACAGACCUGCUCAGACUUUGCCACACAGUACCGCUGGAGGUGGUGAACUUAGGUGGGAAAGGUUACGAUCCAGAGAAGAAAGACUACUCAGGUUUUGAGGCCUGGUUGCAGUGUUACUAUGUGGAUGGAAUGAAGUCUGUACGCGACCACAAUGGCAGGACUAUGUGGUUCAAAGGCGAUCCAGGUCCUAUGGCUCCUAAAGAAUCAAAGUCUCCAAAGGCCAAAAAGAGAAAAGAUACAGAUGCAGACCAUGAUUACCCCCGCAAGAAAAAGGUGUCCAGGAAACACAACUCUGACAGCACAGUGAAGAAAAAAGCAGCCAAAAAGCCCACAAAAGCAGCAAAGGAAGAAGAAAAUGGACCUCAAGAAGAAGCCACACCCAGAAGAAGAUCAGCAAACACACCUCAGCAAGAACCGAAAUCCACGUCAGGCAGGAGGAAAAAGAACAAUACAGAGCCAGCUGCAGGUCUGAUUCUAAUAAUACUCCCAUUUUCUGAAAAUAUUAAGAGCCUGAUCUUUGAGGAUCCAAUUCCCACACACUUAUCUGUGUGCGCAAACUAUAAAAUUGCACGUACUGUUGGUGGACGUGUUGUAUGUGAUCUACUUUGUGCAAUUGAUAGCAGCAAAAGUGGCACAGAUCACCCUAUUUUUGUGUACUAGAAGCAUUAUGUGCCCUUGGAAACACUUCUUUCCCUCUACAUUCAUGUUAUUAUGCUCUCCACACUGGAGGGGGGCUUAUAUUAGAUUAUAGCACAUAUCGAUCAUCUAACACCUUUUCUGCAAUAUAGAAUCACAGUAUGUAUACUAUUUGCAGCAGGAAUGAUCAAACUGCAUAUUGCAAGACAUUUUUUUUAGGAGUUAUACUAAAUACAAAAAAAAAAAACGCAACGCUUUUGUUCUUGUUCCCAAUUUAAAUGAACUCAAAGAUCGAAAACUUUGACUAUAAACACAAAAUACCUGUUCCUCUCAAAUAUUGUUCACAAAUCUGUAUACAUUUGUUAGUGAGCAUUUUUUCUUUGCCAAGAUAAUCCAUCCCACCUGACAGGUGUGCCUUGAGCUGUCCAAAAUAAAAGGCCACUGUGAAAUGUGCAGUUUUAUCACACAACACAAUGCUUCAGAUGUCGCACGUUUUGAGGGAGCGUGCAGUAGGCAUGCUGACUGCAGCAAUGUCCACCAGAGCUGUUGCCCGUCAAUUAAAUGUUUAUUUCUCCGCCAUAAGAAUAGAAUAGAAUAGAAAGUACUUUAUUGAUCCCUGGGGGAAAUUCAGCACCACAGUUCGCUCACAAUAAACAAUGAUAAUAAUAAAUAAUAUAAUAUAUAUGAAUAAUAUAAAUAUAUUCUACAUUUAAGUGCAGUCAAGGAACAUAUGCAUUAUACAGUCUGAUGGCUGUCGGUGUGAAGGACCUCCUGUGUCGUUCCGUGUUGCAUUUUGGGAGUCUGAGCCUUCCACUGAAGGUGCUCAUUCUCUCUGCAAGGUCCGAGUGUAGUGGGUGGGAGGUGUUGUCCAUAAUGGCUAGGAGUUUUGCUAGACUUCUCUCUGACACCACCGCCAGAGAGUCCAGCUCCACUCCCAUCUUGUUACUGGCCUUCUCUACCAACUUGUCCAGUCUGUAUGUGUCCCUCACUCUCAGCCCGCUGCCCCAGCAGGCCACGGCGUACAAGAGGGCGCCUGCCACCAGCGACUCGUAGAACAUCUUCAACAUCUUUGUACAGACGUUGAAGGAUCCUAGCCUCCAAAGGAAAUAUAGAUUCGGCUCUGUCCCUUCUUGUAGAGGGCCUCAGCGUGUUUUGACCCAUUCAGCUUGUUGUCCAUGUGUACUCCGAGGUAUUUAUAAUCCUCUACCAUGUCCACAUCCACCCCCUUGAUGGAAAGAGGGGUCGCCAGAGUACUCCUCCUCCUUCCCAGGUCCACAACCAGCUCCUUGGUCUCCGUAACAUUGAGCUGGAGGUGGUUCUUUCCACACCAUGUGACAAAGUCCUCCACCAGUGUCCUGUAUUCCUCGUCAUCACCUUCCUCAAUACACCCCACUAUCGCAGAGUCAUCAGAAAACUUCUGAAGGUGGCAGGACUCUGACUGAUAGUGGAAAUGGGUGGUGUAAAUGGUGUAGAGGAAGGGGGAAGAGUACUGUAGCCUCCGGGGCCCCGGUGUUGCUGACCAGCCUGUCAGACACACAGUCCUGCAGUGGCAUAUACUGUGGUCUGUCAGUCAGGUAAUCUACAACCCAGGACACCAAGGGGGCCUCCACCUGCAUCAUCUCCAACUUCACACCCAGUAGCCCAGGCCGUUUAGUAUAAGCCGCCUCCAAAGGUGUUUCAGAGAAUUUGGCAAUACAUCCAACUGGCCUCACAGCCGCAGACCAUAUUGAUUGGCUGAGACCUGCCACCCGGACAGCUGCUACAACAAUUGGUUUGCUUAACCAUAGCAUUUCUGCACAAACUGUAAGAAACUACCAUGAAUUGAUUAACGUGGGCCCCGACUUAAACAAGUUGAAAAACAUAUUGGGGUGUUACCAAUUAGUGGUCAAUUGUACGGAAUAUGUACUGAACUGUGCAAUCUACUAAUAAAAGUAUCAAUCAAUCAAUCUGUCUCAAGAAAGCUCAUCUGCAUGCUCGUGGUCCUCAUCGGGGUCUCGACCUAACUGCAGUUUGUCUUCUUAACCAACUUGAGUGGGCAAAUGCUCACACUCAAUGGCGUCUGGCACAAUACAGAGGUUUUGGUAUGUUAUUAUUGACAGCGAAACCACGUGCAUUUUAUUGAUGGCAUUUUCCAUGCGCAGAGAUACCGUCACGAGACCCUGAGCCCCAUUGUUGUACUAAUCACCCGAGGCCAUCACCUUUAUAAAUAACAUUUACUAACUCAUGUUGCAAGGAUCUGGAAGCUGAAAACAUCCCAGUUCUUGCAUGACCAGCAUACUCACCGGACAUGUCACCCAGUAAGUAAUUUUUGAGAGGAAUAUAUAUUUUCUGUAUAGUAAAAGUUUCAGAUCUUUAAGUUCAAUUCAUGAUAAAUGGGAGCAAAAACAAAAGUGUUGCGUUUAUAUAUUUGUUCAAUACCAUAUUUUUCGGAGUAUAAGUCGCACCUGCCGAAAAUGCAUAAUAAAGAAGGAAAAAAAACAUACAAGUCGCACUGGAGUAUAAGUCGCAUUUUUGGGGGGAAAUUUAUUUGAUAAAAGCCAACACCGAGAAUAGACAUUUGAAAGGCAAUUUAAAAUAAAUCAAGAAUAGUGAAGAACAGGCUGAAUAAGUGUAGGUUAUAUGAGGCAUAAAUAAGCAACUGCUAUGUUAAGCUAACAUAUUAUGGUAAGAGUCAUUCAAAUAACUAGAACAUAUAGAACAUGUUAUACCUUUAACAAACUAUCUCUCACUCCUAAUCCAUAAAUCCCAUAAAAUCUUAUACGUCUAGUCUCUUACGUCAAUGAGAUAAAUAAUAUUGAUAUUUUACGGUAAUGUGUUAAUAAUUUCACACAUAAGUCGCUCCUGAAUAUAAGUCGCACCCCCGGCCAAACUAUGAAAAAAAAACUGCUACUUAUAGUCCGAAAAAUACGGUGCAUAUUUUCUAAAUCAAAAAAGGAAUACCAUUAAAAAACAACAUAAAUUAAUAGACUUUGGUUUAAUCGGCCCUUUAAGUUGUCCAGCAGCUAUAAAAUGAUAUUGCUGAA